AUGGCUGAGGAGAACCCAGCCACUCCGGCUCCAGCUCCGGUUCCCGGCUGCCACUUCCUUGAAACUCUUCCCGUCGAGCUGCGCCUAGACAUCUACGAACAUUUCUUUCAGGGCUCAAAAGUUCACGCAACACUCGCCAGGAAUACCGACUCCUCUUCCACUCAAAGCCCAGCUGUCAUCCUGCGUCAUUCCGAGCACUUCAAGCUUCUUCUGACCAGCCGCGCAAUCCACGACGAAGCUCUUGCCGCUUACUGGUCCACGACGGUGCUGAAACUCGAGUGUCCGCCCCUGAGAUUCGGCCGGCCUUCCGGAUUUCGACCUGCCAAGCUCAAGCUGGACAAAUACGCCCACCGCCUCUACGCUUCCCUGCCCGAAGUGGUGAAGGAUAACGUCAAGCACAUCAGGGGCAUGGUGCUCCCUUCCCUGAAGAGUGGAUUCGUCCAGGAGAACCCCUCAUUGACGGCUUCGGCACUUCUCGGAACGUUCAAGAAGCUUGCCACCUGUGAGAUGAGCCCGACCCUCGCUCACCCCGUGGACGGCAUCGUCUCGCAUACCAAGGAUCCCGAGAACGAGGGUUUCAGCCGCUUCAAGAUGAUUUGGGGAGAAGGGCCAAUGGACUUCUUGGCUGAUCGUUAUGGAAUCGACGCCACUGCUGGGGUUACCUUCUUGUUCAAGGGUGCCAUCAUGUUUUCCAUGGCCAGAGACGAAGAUAAUGCGUCCGCUUCCCUGAAGAAGAGUCUGCCUCAGUUCCGAAACUUCUCAACCGGCGUGGCCUUCGAGGAUGCUACACGCAAGAUUGACGAUGAAGAGGGCUAUGAGAAAGUCAUACAGACCAAUCUGUAG